AUGGCGCCUCGUGGACCCGGUCGGGGACGUGAGAGAGGUCGUACUAGUACGCAGGAACCGAAAAUCAACCCGAAUAACCCGGUAAACCUUAUGGCGGCGUUGGAGAAUAUGGCUGCUGCUAUGCAGGCCACUGCGGAGGCUCUUGGACAACAGAUGAACAAUAAUGGCAAUGGCGGAAGGGAAGCUCAGGGCCCGAUGACACUGGCCAUGGAGCAAGCACUGCAAGCGCAGUUGGUACUUGAAGAGCAGCGUGUUGAAUUUGCUACCUAUCUACUCACGGGGGAAGCAUCGCAUUGGACAGCCAAGGAAUUGGAGUUAUUGCAGCUGAAGCAAGGUGCUAUGUCCAUAUCUGAGUAUACAGACAAAUUUGAGGAGCUAUUCAGGUUUUCCCGCAUGUGUCAGGGAGCUCUGGGAGACUUCGAGGAAUGGAAGUGCAUUAAGUAUGAAGGAGGGCUCCGAAGCGACAUCUUAAGUUCAGUGGGACCAAUGGAGAUCCGAACUUUUUCAGAGUUGGUGAAUAAGAGCAGAAUUGCUGAAGAGUGUGUGAAAAGGAGGGUUGCAGAGAAAGGAAGUCAUAGAGAGCACAACCAAGGAUUCGCACCAAGGGGUCGAGAGUUUAAGGGGAGAGGAUACAUACAACACUUUUCCCAAGGACUGAAUAACUUUGCAACGAGUGAAGAGUCCCAAAGAAACGGUAAGAAAAAAUGGGCAGCGGCUGCUUCUGAUGUUUCCAGCUGUCAGAGAUAUGGAAGUCAUCACCCAAAUAGGCCGUGCCGAUUGGGGUUAGGCGUAUGUUACAAGUGCGGGUUACCAGGGCAUGUAUCAAGAAAUUGCCAACAAGGAGAGAGUCAUGAUGCGGGCCGAUUGCGACAGUAA